CCUGAGUUUAAGGUAAAUUGACAAUAAAUAAAAGUUUGCAUCAAUGUCAAAAAGACGACAGAAUAAGCGUGAGACAGACCCACGUUCUAUUGCAAAGUAUUAUUGCAAACAAAAAGCAGAUCAAAGUGGUUUCCAGAAAUUAUUCAUCAAUGACAACAUAGGUUUUGGAGUGUUUGCUACAAAAACAUUUCAACAUGGUGAAUUUCUUCUUGAGUAUGCUGGAAAUUGUAUUAGUAAAGUUGAGGGUGAAAAAUUGCAAUCUACAUAUCCUGAUGAAGCUGGUUCCUUUUUAUUUUUUUAUAAUAACAGUUGCAUCGAUGCAACUGAGAACACACAGUUUGGGAAAUACGUUAAUGACAGCAAAAAUGCCAAAAACUGUUGCAUGAAACCGAUAUAUGAUGAUAAUGGGCAUUUGCAUCUUUGCCUGUUUGUUUUGUGUGACAAAGUCAUAUCUAUUGGAGAAGAGUUGAGAUAUUCGUAUGGAGAUAUGAAAGAACUUUUUUGGAGAAAAAACAAGGAGACUGCUUCACCAUAUUUUGCAAAUAUUGAUGUUGUUACCAAGCAGGGAUUUGUUUUAUGCAAUCCUGGGAAUGUAAUUAAUAACCAAAAAAAGCAGAUUUAUUCUGAACAUGAUGAUGAAUUCAUUUCUGGUAGUGCAACAACAGAGGAAGAUGUCAAGGAAUGUCUGGACAAGAUUCAUGAUUGCAUUCUUCAAACAGAAGUGAUAGAUAAUGGGGAAAAUGACGAAGAAAAAUGUGAUCAAGUAGUUGUUUGGAAAAAAGACGGAAGUAUUGAACUAAAAUCUGACACCUGUGUAAAAGAUAAAGAUGAUGUGAAUGCAAAGUUUAUUGAUGUUGUUGAUGUAUAUGAACCCAAGAAUAACGAUCCUGUUCGUUUAUAUAGUAAAAACGUAGGCAAUGGAAAAGAUUCAGUUGCUAUCAAUGGUCAGAAUGUUGAUUUGUGUGAAAAAUUAGAGGAGGAAGUAGAGGAAAAUAUUAAAUGCAAAGGUUUUAAUGGUGGUUAUCAGACAAAUGGUGCUACUGUUUACAUGCAAUUAGAAAAUAUGGGAGGGGAGAAAUAUUGUGUUCAUAAACUCCAACUUAAAGAAAAUGUUGAAAACACAUCUAUCAUACAGGAUAUGGAAAUAGUUGGUGAAAAUAAAGAACAAGUUGCUGCUGAAAUCAUUACAGAUAUUGUCAGUGUUAUAGAUAGAAGUGUCACUAAUGACAAGGUUCUUGAUUUUGUUGAUGUAUGUGAACCCAAGGGCAAUAAUUCUGAUAGUUUACACAAUCAAAGUGUAGGUGAAGGCAAAGAUGCAGUUUUGGUCAAUCGUGUUGCUGGUAGUGUGAGUUAUAAGGUGGAUAAUCCUACUGUUUAUACACAAGUAGAAUCAAACGAAGGGGACAGAUAUUGUGGUGAUGAACCUCUACAUGGACAGAAUGUUGAGGAAACGAAUAUUGCUGGUAUACAGGAUAUGAAAAUAGGUUGUGAAAAUAAAGAACAAGUUGCUGAGAUCAUUGCAGAUGUUGUCAGUGUCCAAGGUCGAAAUUACAAGAGUGCAGAUGUGGUUGCAUCAGGUGUAAAUACGUACAAGAACAGUACUUACCAAUCAAAAAAAAAGAUUCAGGAAAAUAUUGGCAGUGGUGUAAAUAAAAAGAAUGUCAUUGGUGGAGAUAAAUUUGCAGACUACUACAAGGACAUAGAUUUUGCCAAGCUGGAUUGUAGUGACGAUGAUGUAAAAAUUACUUAUCCGGAAAUUGAAAUUGUCCCUGAUUUCAGCAGUUCUGACAGCGAAACAUGUUCCAUUUUGAAUGGUAGUAAUGAAGAAACAACUUUUCCAUUAAAAAUUAAUUUUAGAAAUGACAAAACUGAAACACUGACAAAAGUAUUGGAGAAGUUCAUGAAAGUUGAUCUUGAAGAAAUAGAAACUCUAGCAUCGACAAAGGUGUGUCAAGUUGCUGAACAUACGCAGACCAUUAGGGAAGUCAGCUGUUGUGAACAAGUUUCAGUGAAAAAUGAUUCUGGUUUGGAGAUUGAUGAGGAUUUAGACAUUGUGAAUACUGAUAGUGAACAGGAAACAAUUGAAGCCGAGUCUAAAAAACUGCAGAAAAAAAGUCCUUACAAAAAACCGUAUAGAAUGUGCAUUUAUUGUUCUAUAAUGUCUUCAAAAUUGAGCAGACACAUUAAAAAAUGUCAUAAGGAAAAUGAAAGAGUGAAAAAUGCACUAAAGAUGACUAAGGUGAAGCAAAUUGAGGAAUGGAAAAAAAUUAAAAGGGAAGGAAUUUUAAUGUACAACAAGUUGCAAGCUACCACAGAAAAUCCUAUUUUCCAAGGAGAACGUCAAAGAAAGAAAUACUUGGAAUUGCAACGUUGUAAUUUAUGCUCUGCUUUUAUCUCUAAGCGUUUCUUUGCCAGCCACAAAAGAACGUGCAUGAGAAGACAAGAUGCUGUCCCAACAGGCUUGCCAUUGUCACUGGACUUCCUUCCAAUGUCACUCCAAAUGUCGGAUCAAUUCAAGGAAGUCAUUUUGGCCAAGCUUAGAGAUGAUCCCGUAGGAAAUAUAUGUCGCAAAGAUGAAAUGAUAUUACGAAUUGGAAUGAAGUUGUUUGCAAAGCUUGUAGUCAAAAAAGAAAAAGCAGCCACCGUGAAUAAAUCUGUUAGGGGUCAUAUGCGAGUGUUAGGUAGCCUGUACCAAUCUUUUAAGAGGAUGAAUGGCGUUUGUCAUGAUCAUGGUAAUUUGUUAGAUAUGUUUGUGCGAAAGAAUUUUACGUGUUUUACUGAUGCCAUUGACGCUGUUACUUUGAAUGUUGAUCGUAGUCUUAAGCCAGGACUACGCCAGAAUGUUUUUUACAUCAUCAACAAAAGUGUAAAAAUAUUGUAUGCUCAUCAAUAUAUGUUAGCUAACGAAGAGGAGGCCAGUGAAAUCGAAAAAUUUAUGGUAUGCUAUAAAGCCAACGAGGAUUGCAUGGUUUCCUCUGCACGAUACGAGCUUGAAAAAAAAAGGCUAGUUAAAAUAAGAAAACCAUGUCAGUUGCCUUUGGAAAGCGACAUUGAGAAAAUACAUCAACAUAUUCUCAAGAGAAUGGGUGAACUACUGUGUGUUUUUGAGUUAUGGACUGCUCACUCUUUUGUUGAACUGAGGAACUUAGUACUCACACGACUAACAUUAUUGAAUGGGCGCCGUGGUGGGGAAACAAGUCGCCUCCUAGUAAAAGAUUGGUUAGAAGCAGAAAGCGAUAAUUGGAUUGAUCAACAACGUCUUCAGAGUUUGAAUGAAGCUGACAAACUAUUAGUGAGUUCACUAAAAAUAACCUACAUGACGGGUAAAGGAAAUCAUCAUUUGGUGUCUGUUUUAUUUCCAAACGACACUACUUCUGCUAUGAAAAGGUUAGUUGAUCCAAAAUUUAGAAUCAAGGCUGGUAUCGAUAAAAAUAAUGAUUUUGUGUUUGCCAGCACACAGCUGUCAUCUUUAAAUGUGUCUGGCUGGCAUGCAUUGAAAGAAGUCUGUAAGAAACUAGAACUUACCAAUGUGGAAAUUAUAAAUGCAACCACUAAUAGACACCGCGUCAGCACUUUAUAUGCUGCGUUGGACCUGCCACAACAGGAAAGACAACUGUUCUACGCCCAUAUGGGUCAUUCUGAAAGCAUGAAUAAAGAUAUUUAUCAAGCCCCAUUAGCUUUAAUGGGAGUCACAAAGAUUGGAAAACAAUUAAUAAAUCUCCAUGCAAGCGAUAACGGUCAUAUUGAAGAAACUGAUAAAAGUUUAAAAACAUUUAAAGACAAAACUCAUACAGAAGACAAGAAAUUGGCAACUAACUAUGCAGUGACAAGUACUCCCGUAAGAACAUCAGCUGAAGCGACAAAGACAAAAAGAUCAGUGGGGAAAAGAGUGAUGAUGCUGUCGAGCAGUUCAUCGGAUGAAGAAGCUAUUGAAUCAAAAAAUGUACCAGUUGAAGCUAGGAAGUAUCCUUUGCGUGGCAGAUCAAAAAAAAGAAAAAAGUACGUUAAAAUUACUGAUGCCCAAAUUAGAGAUGAUUCAUGUGAUCCUACUUCCUAUGAAGAUAAAGAAGAGAAUGAGAGAUUGAAAUGCAAACCUGUCAAAUCCAGUGUCAAGUGGACUCCGGAAUUAAAUAAAGUGUUCUUCGAAAAAUUUGGUUGUUACGUGCGUCGCACCAAUGAUCGACCAUUUCCAGGUCGACUGGAAAUGGAAAAUUUUGCAAAAAGUUACUUUGGAUCAGCCAAUUUUGCCUUCGCUGUGCGAACAAAAAUAAACAACGAGCGGAAAAAGUUCGAUGACAUAAAGAAUAAAAGGUUGAAAGAAAUUGGACUAACUAGUUAAUCAUGCAGUUAUUUUUGCUUUACUAAUUUUUUGUUUGGAUAUACUGACUUUAGCUAACUUGUGAAGUUGUCGCUUUGAAUUACCUAAUUUCUAGUCAUUUUGGUGUCUAUUUACAUUCCUGCGUUCUGUACAUGUAUUACGCACAAAUGAGUUAGUGUGGAUUUUUUUCCUUUUUUUUAAAGGUAUGAAUCGAUCCAUUUAUUCUUUGCAAUUUAUUUGUAAUUUUAUGUUCAGAAAGAAAAAUUAGUCCA